UUGCGCGUGCGUUUUCCGUCUGAUUGCCGUCGGUCGAGUCCUAGGUGGUAGCCAGAUUGCUGUCCAAAGUUUGAUUCUCCGUCCGACUCUAUUCGGAUGGAUCGCGCAUGGCAUGGGCGCCCAUCAAUCCGUGUCCCCCGUGCUCCGGAUUUAGGAUGCAGUCGCAGGAGAAUGAUGAUUAGACUAUAUACAGAGUCAGCACGCAUGUAGAAUGGGCUCGGCCAAUUUGCUGUCUCCCGACUUGUCCACGUCGCGGCUGGCUCAAUCGCCCCGUGACUUGUACAUGCUCCUUUUCUGGCAUGCCACGAGGUCGAGGCCCUGGUAUUUCUUUUUUUGCCAUGCACGCGCCAGCAUGUCUGCCUGCCUGCCUGCCCGUGCCGCGCCAGGCCAUUGCUGCAACACCACUGCUCUGUUCUACCAGUGUUAAUAAUAAGUGUGUCUGUGUGAGUGUAUCCUGCUGAACCUGACAGCAGCCACCAUUGUUAGUGCAAGUGAUUUUGCAUGCUACUUACUCAUUUGUCCCACGAGUUUUCAUCGGUCUGCAUAGGGUUUGAUACAUGCAUUGCAUUACUCGGAAACUUGUGUCACUAGCGUCCCAGUAAGUUUGGUGUUUACAAUAUUCAUAUUGUGUGAUGAUGAGUUUGUGUCACUCUGCAUGCAUGCCGAGUUCUGCACAAGCAUUGCUUUGCUACUCUGCUUCCGUUCCUUGCUGCUGCUGCUGCUGGUAAUCACUCUGGCAGUACAAGCCUUUUCGAUGAUACAUCGUCAACAAUCAUCUCAGAUUGUGGGAACUCCUGCAAAACAGCAGCAGUCUCUCGGACAAGCUGGGUCACCGGGAUGGUUUCCUGCAUUUGGAAAUGAAUAAUAAUUAGGAAACAUAUAUUUGCUAGGGAUGAAAUUGUAGUCCCAAUCUCUGAUUCACUGCAAAUUGCAGUCCUAAUCUCUGCGAUUGUUGAUAAAUGGAUGAAAUUCUAGUGUAUCACUACAAUCAUCUCUUAAGGUUCCUUACAUUUUGGUUCAGAGCACGGACGACAUCUGAUGUUCAGACCAUAAAUUGACUACUGUGUAACAUUAUGGUCGAUGCCUUUUCUUUUUUUAAUCAUCCCUGGUUCCAUUAUAUCAGAAUGAAACCCGAGUAGUACAAAGUCCAUCUAAAUUAGUUACUACAGUAUGCCUUAUGCUCAUGUUGAUUUAUUUAUUUUGCGCUCUUUUGCAGUUCUAAAUUGAUGAGUGAGUGAUCUAGUAGCAGCUAGCUAACUGCCUGUAGAUUGUAACCCUGUUAUGGGAUGUGUGGUUGCGCAUGCGUUCUGCAUUGUCAAAUGUGUUCUCUGUUGUCACACAUGUAUGCGAUGUUGUUCAUAGUUUUUAUAUUUGUUGUCAUGCGAUGCGGUCACUGAAUUGCUCAAAUUUGCUGGCCAAGUACUAUGUAGUGUUGUUCUAUGCUAGGCUACCAGGCUAGGUAACUUCUGUAUCAAAAUCAUGGGUUCUAAUCUUUACUAUUAUCUGCUUUGGAUCAACAAUGAUGCGUCACAGGUGGUAGUUAGUAGAGUCGGACUUGGUGCUGCAUUGCCCAGUUAUUAGCUACUCGAUCUGUUCCUCACAGCAUGGGUGUGCUUGCUCUCCGUGCUCUGCUUUCGCUUGGAGAAGAGAAGAGUAGAGCAGAGCAGGAAAUCCAAGGGAAGUAGUAUUUCAGAAGAAGUGGUGUGUGACAACACGUCCGAUGCUCCGGUCCUAAAGCUCUUUGGGAAGACGGUUGUUGUGAACGAAUCACAUCAGCUGUCAAGCCGACGGUGGUGAGGACACCGAGUUCGUCGAGGAGGAGCAGGGAUGGCGCAGGCGGUGGAGGAGUGGUACCAGCAGAUGCCCAUCAUCACGCGCUCCUACCUCACCGCCGCCGUCCUCACCACCGUCGGCUGCACCCUCGAGAUCAUCUUGUCGUACCACCUGUACCUGAACCCCAAGCUGGUGGUGCAACACUACCGGAUUGGUGCCUCGUCACCAACUUCCUCUACUUCCGCAAGAUGGAGGCUGGUCGAAUUCUCGAUGUCCUACAUUGCCGGCAACCCCAGAAUGUGCGACACUGAAUUCGACAAGCUCAAGCUCAUACUCAAGAUCUGUAUGAACCAAGAUUUGGAAGCUGGGAAGCUGGGGAAUUCGAAGUUUGAAGAGACCUGGAGUAUAUAGACUGAUUGCCAUUUGUAUGUGUUAUAUGAUGAUGUAACACACUGAUUCUGCUAUUGUAUGAUGUAUCAAACUGAUUUUGGGUAUUAUUUGAAGUGUUGCGUGUGUUCUUUGUC